AUGACUGAGGAAAGACCACGAAAACGUCGUGCCGUUGCGACACAUAGCAAUGGAAAUCAUGUCCCAGAUAGUUUACUGCAAGGUGUCCACGGUAUUUCCAUGAGACCAGCGACAGCACUGUCACAUCAUCAACAGCAAAGGCAGAGACAGUCAGAAUAUCAAAGAGAACUUGAUGUCGUAAGGUUCGAAGUGGAACCAGUUAAGGUAAAGACACCUUCUAACACACACGCUGUGAAAUAUGUCCCAACGAUGCGAGGAAUGUUAGGACAGAAAGGAUAUUUACUGCGAGAAAAACUCGGAAAGGGUUCGUACUCGCAGGUUCGCAUGGCCGUCAAUGUCCCCCGAUUACAGACUGUUGCCAUAAAAAUAGUCGAUAAAACACUAGCUCCGCAAGAUUUCAGGGAGAGAUUCCUUCCUCGAGAACUCGAAAUAUGGCCCCGUCUUCGUCACCCUCACAUUGUGAGAAUGUUCCACCAUUUUGAAGACACACGUCGCAUUUAUGCUGUCCUCGAAUACGCGCCUGGUGGUGACGCCCUGCGCUUCAUUCAGAAGAGGGGGGCUCUGUCGACUGAUCAUGCAAAGAUAUGGAUGCUCCAACUUGGUGAUGCGGUGCGUUACCUCCAUCAACAAGAUGUGGCUCACAGAGACCUCAAGUUAGAGAACCUCAUCUUAGAUGCAGCCAGCAACAUUAAACUGUGUGACUUUGGCUUCGCGAGGGAGUGUGGGUCGGACCUGAGCAGUACGUACUGUGGUUCUAAAUCGUACGCAGCCCCAGAGAUUCUAAACGGCACGCAGUAUGACCCGAAAAAAGCUGACAUCUGGGCUCUUGGUGUCAUUCUCUUUAUAUUCGUGACGGGGAAGAUGCCAUUCGAUGAACGAAAAGGAAACACGGGGCUUCUCGAGGACCACAAAUCUUUAAAAUUCUUCUGGCCAACCAAGGUGUCAGAUCAGUGCAAGGAGGUGAUUUUAAGUUCUUUGAAAUUUGAAUAUAGCAGCCGGUUGGAUAUCGUGGCGUUUUUAAGCCAGGUUUGGUUCCAGACCCUCUCAGGUGCGCCAUAUUCCUGUCCGAGACAAGUUCUUGAUGUACCCGUAGCGCAAACGACGUCCGACCAAACAACUCAUGUGUCUUCGCACAACCACCAGCGACAUCAUUCAGCAACGAGUGCCCCAGCAGCAGACAUGUCGGCUAGACAUGGAUCAGAGUACAGGACGCACACUUCGUCACAUCCACAUCGACAGCAUGCAGCUGCGACGGGGCACGCGACAUCCCCAUCUCAUCAACGACAUUCGCACCACCAGACGCUAGUCACAAUGAGCCCGGACGGACAAAGGUAG